AUUUUAUGAUAUUUCUACUAAACUAUGAAUGGAGAAGUCUCUAUUUUUAGUAUCAUCAUUCCUUAACGAUUUUUUUUUUCAAUGAGUAAACCAAUUUCGCAUCUAAUCUAAUUGAUGACGAUCGCCAAAACAAUUAAGAUAGCCCUGACGAUGAGCAAGUUCAGCAUUUGGUUGAAAUAAAUAAACACAGGCGAAAUGUACUAAAAUGUGGGGGAAUUGAUUGUCACAGAAUGAUCGUGGAGACACGACAGUUUUCCUUAGUCGCUCGCAGGAAUCGCAUCUUCGCGCUCCGCUCAAUAGUUUUUUUUAUUUUAUUUUGUUUGAAUUUGAAUUUAUAAUUUGAAUUCAAUUGUCAAGUCAAUUCGAAUAGAUUGUAUAUAGUUUACAAUUCCUGCUCCGUGAUUAAGCAUAUUGCUUAAAUUGGUCAGAUUAAGCGAUUUGGCUAGUUUCGAAUAGUCGACGGAGGAAAAGAUGCCGAUGUGCUGCGGAAGGAAGAAGAGACACACCGAUGAGUUUCACGAAUUCGAUCGAGAAGAUGAAAACGACAGAAAACAAUCCUGUUGGCCCAAAGCGCUCAAAUGGACAGCAAUCAUAAUUUUGAUUAUAGCGGUUCUUCUAUUCUUAACGGUUUUCGUGAUAUUCCCCAUUAUCUUCAUGGAGAGCAUCAGUCUGCAGCGAUUCGUGAUGUUCCCCAAUUUUGAUCAACCCGAAAAUCCGCAGUACGAAAACUACGCUCUUUACGGCGCUGUCGGUGUUAAGAACAUGUACGUCACGGUCGACGAUAUUUAUACUAGCUCUAGUAAACUAUCUUUGGGUGUAUGGAUGGUCGUGCCCGAGGAUACGAUAGAGGAGGCCGAAAACGAUCCGAACUUUGACUUCAUCCAAGAGCUCAGACGCACCAAGAAACCUAUCAUCAUCUAUUUCCAUGGAAACAGCGGUACCAGGAUAUACCCUUACCCAACCUAUCAAGUGCUCAGGAAGUACUUCUACGUCGUGGCCUUCGAUUAUCGCGGUUACGGCGAUUCAACAGACGCGCUUUUGAGCGAAGCCGCUGUAGUUAGCGAUUCCAUGCAGCUCUAUCGUUACGUCGAGGGCUUGUCUAAGAGUCCGAAGAUCUUCGUCUGGGGACAUUCUCUGGGAACAGCCUUAUCCACGCACACGCUCAAAGAGUUGCGGAAACAAGGAACCGUCCCUUCUGGCCUCAUACUGGAAGCCCCUUUCACCACUAUGAGAGAAGAAAUCGUGUACCAUCCCUUAGGAAAAAUAUUCGCGUGGUUGCCAUGGUUUGAGCCAACAGUCUUGGAUCCUCUUGAACGCAACAAAUUCCAUUUCAAGACUACCACCAACAUCCUCGACGUGGACUGUCCCAUCAUGAUUCUUCACGCCGAAGAUGAUUCCGUUAUACCAUACUUCCUAGGUGAAAAACUGUACGAAAUAGCUAAAGAUAACAGACAGGAGAAGCAGGGUCCGGUCAGCUAUCAUCAGAUUCCUGCCAAGUACAGGGCCGAUCAUCUCGAGAUCACCAGUCACUCUGAAGUGCCCCAAUGGAUUGAGGAAUUCCUUGAGGUCGCUAGAAACUGGCAUCGAGGUUUUUGAAUCAACUUAAAUACUAAUUUAUUUUUAUACGUUUUUAAAUU